CCAAUUGGCUUCGAUAACAGCAAAUGGUCGUUUAAUAACAGAUGAUUGAACGCGUUCCGCGGCGCGGCCUAGCAUUUAUCUGUCAAAAGUGGUGACGGCCGGCCGAUCGGCGAUGUGCCGGCUCACGCGCGCCUGUUGAUCCUCCUUACGAAUCGAUUGCAGGCUAUCGACACGAAUACCCUAUUGAUGAGACGCGUGUGAAGGUCUGUUGUGUUGAUCGUUACGUUUUUUCGAGCGGCAGAAACCAGAAACCCACCGACCUCGAGACCCGAGUGUACCUCGAUCGAGUAAACGUCCAAUUCCAUUAUUAUGUGAUCGUGACCCGUGAUCGAACGGUAGCACAGAGAAGGCAGGGCAGGACGAAAGGAGCGAACGAACGAUAAAGAGGAAAAUGCGAAACGUUCGAGCCAAUGUUUUCCGCUAUCUCAUCGUGGCGGUUCUUUUUCUAGCGCCAUUCAGUUACGCAGCGGGGAACGAGACGAGUACGCAGAAAACAUGCAACUUGACCCAGGCGGAGGAGCAGUGCGCCGAGAACGAAAGAUGCGUCCAAAAUACGAAAGACGAUGAACCACGAUGCGAGUGCCAGAGACAUUACGAGAUGGUGGACGGCCAUUGCUCGAAGAUAACGACCACUUCGAGCAUUAACGAGACUAAUGCUCAAACAGAUUCUACUAAACCCAACUCAGGAGGUAGUUCUGUAGCGGCUGGUUUGUUAAUCCCAACCUUCCUCGUAGUAAUUGGUGUUCUGCUGUACUUUGGCGCGAGACGAUACAAAUGGCUGCAACGAUUUCGACAGUUCCGUCAGAAUCGUUAUGGCAAUGUCCUAGUCACGAGGGAUGACGAUGACGAUGACGAUCCACCGAUAGCGUAAGGGUGUGUUUAACGAUAAGCGACGUAUGUGCCGUGUACAAAGUGCGUUCUCUUGUUUCCUCUCAUCGAAGGCAUGGAUUUGAACAGUGGGUGACACGUUCGGUGACACGAUUCGAAAUUAACAGCGGCAAGCUUUGAGUUACCGUAGCGCGUGUCGCGUUACGAUGGAACCGCGAGAACAAAUUUCCAACACCGGUUCUCGCUCGUCCAUUUUUUCAUCGACCAAUUUUUAUCGGGUCUCGCGCGCGUGAAAGUCUCCUCGAAGCUUGGUCACGCUUACGGAACAACGUUCUGUGACUUUGUGUAUAUAUCAAGCGAAAGUUCAGGUACAAGGUAUAUACUAGAGAAAAUAUCGUCAAACUGAAUCAAGAGGCUAAAUAAAUGUAAUGGGGUGCUAGUGUAAGUAGAUGUAUUUUUGUGCUUGGUAAUCGGAAGUCUGUUAUCCGUUGGACAUUGCUUCAUUUUAUCUAUAUCGACGCCGACGUCUCUUAGAAAUAAGAAAUUCGAUCGACUUUCUCGACAAUUCUAAAUUCUUUACUAUUCGUAAUUUUGAUUUAUUUUCUUUUUUUUAAAAGUAAAUUUUAAAUCGACGGCACGAUCCUUUCGCAUAAAGGUGCUACUACUUACGCGCCCGCUGAUUCUAUGUUUAUACACGAUAGUCGUAAGGAAUGUGGGCUAACUGAUUGCGUUUUCGCUAGCCAUUACGAGCAUACUCAAAGCAUAAUUUUUUACGAUGAUAUUAAGAAGCUGGUCAGUAAAUUUUACACGUUAUCGCAUAUUUUGUAUAAAAGGGGUGGCUGUCGUGUCACCUUUUUCAUCGUACGCAAACUUUACGGGAUUUACAUACAUAUACAGCGUUAUUGUUUUACGUUCUACGUUCUACGUUCUACGUUCUACGUUCUACGUUCUACGUUCUACGUUCUACGUUCUACAUUCUACGUUCUUAGUAAGAUCGUAGAUCCCUGAUUUCUCGAUGAAAUUUCCGUAUGCGACACGAUUAAUAUUCCCACGAUUAUUAUUCAUGAGUUCCAUAGCCAAAAUUCGCACGAUUUCACGUCGAUUAACAUACAUUUCUUGCGUAUAGUCUCUUGUAUCCGAUAAAUUUGUAACUCGUCUGGAAUAUUCACUGGUGUCGUAUGGAUAGUUUCAUCGUUUUCUCUGAAUGUCUUGUUCUUUCGAGGAUAACUCUCAGAAUGAAUACAUGAACGUCUCACGUUACUUUACCAAAGAAUGAAGGAUCUACAUAAAUGGUCAGGAUCUAAAUUAUCUCCAGGCGGACAGUCAGUUCAAUGCAGAGAUGGGCAGGAUUUUAUUCGAGUGAUUAGACAGUUAUUUGGACAAGCUUUUAUUAAUCUUUACUAGACGUACACGUCAAUGCUUUAGGCCUGAUUUCUCAUCAUACAUGUUAACUUAUCAUUCAUAAAUAUUAUAUUAAGACUAAUCGAUGGAAAAGGUUAUAUAGAUACUUUCUUUUUAAUGGAUAUAACAGAUUUUCUAAAAAAUACACUUUCUAAUCUUGCUUACUAUUAAAAUAUAAAACUAUUUUCUUUAAAACUUAGUGUCAUGUCUCACGUGACGUACUUCCGUUAAGGGUUAAUAAUAAUAUGAACCAUAUAAGACGAUCAUAUAAUUUAGACUGCAACUUAAAAAUUUAUCAACAGUUUUUGACUUAUAUUCGUUAUUCAAAAGAAUACAUCCGCAUUACAAUUUUGCCCAUCUCGGGCUUGACGUGACGUUAAAAAUUUUAAAGCAGUGGUCGUCGACCUUUCUUGCAGUCGUAACGUAUAGUGUACAUUACCACGAACGGUAUCAGUGCAACGAAAUGAAUUCGCGUGUUUGCAACAAACGAGGAAACGGUGUGCGGAAAGAGUCGAACAUUCCCGUGCCUGGAAUGCGUAUCGAUCGAACCAAGUUAACUUUUAAACUGCAAGACGUUUGGAUGCCGCUGCACUCAUACCAAAAGAACGUUACAUCCGUUAUCGUGCUCGAUGUCGUUUCUUGUAAUAUAAGAAAAUUUGUAAAUAACCCCCCGCCAUUCCGUGGACGCGUAUUCUUGCCAGCCAAUAAUUUCUCUUUCCCAUAGCGUGUAAUCUAAUUAAUCGUGAUUCCAAAAAAAAAGAAAUAAAAA